UCGCAAGCCAAACUUCACAAAAAUUAGACUGCGAAAUCAUCGGUGCAAAAGAUCGGCUCCAGUUUUAUUCGUAAAAAUCCAGGAAAAAUGUCUGCCGCCGUCGAGCCAGCCCGGGAGAAAGCCCUCCAGGACUACCGGAAGAAGCUGCUGGAGCACAAGGAAGUGGAAUCCCGACUGAAAGAGUUGCGAGAAUCCCUGAAGGAACUGACCAAGCAGUUCGACAAGUCUGAGAAUGACCUGAAGGCGCUCCAGAGCGUUGGUCAGAUUGUAGGCGAGGUGCUGAAGCAGCUUACUGAGGAUAAAUUCAUCGUUAAGGCAACGAACGGUCCUCGGUAUGUUGUCGGAUGUCGUCGCCAGCUGGACAAGACCAAGCUAAAGUCGGGAACUCGGGUAGCGCUGGACAUGACUACGUUAACCAUUAUGCGAUACCUGCCGAGGGAGGUCGAUCCUCUAGUGUACAACAUGUCCCACGAAGACCCCGGAGAGGUCACCUACUCCGCGAUUGGAGGUUUGUCGGAACAGAUUCGAGAGCUUCGAGAAGUCAUUGAAUUGCCGCUGCUCAAUCCGGAGCUGUUCCUCCGUGUUGGAAUUACGCCACCGAAGGGAUGUUUGCUGUACGGACCACCGGGAACAGGUAAAACUUUGCUGGCCCGUGCGGUCGCUUCUCAGCUGGACGCAAACUUCUUGAAGGUGGUUUCGUCGGCCAUCGUGGAUAAAUAUAUUGGAGAAUCGGCUCGGUUGAUCCGUGAAAUGUUCAACUACGCCCGGGACCACCAGCCGUGUAUCAUUUUCAUGGACGAGAUUGACGCCAUCGGUGGGCGGCGAUUCUCCGAGGGCACUUCGGCCGAUCGUGAAAUUCAACGCACGCUGAUGGAGCUGCUCAACCAGAUGGACGGUUUCGAUUCGCUGGGACAGGUCAAGAUGAUUAUGGCCACGAACCGACCGGAUACGUUGGAUCCUGCCCUUCUACGUCCGGGUCGUCUGGACAGGAAGAUUGAAAUCCCGCUGCCCAACGAGCAGGCCAGACUGGAAAUUUUGAAAAUCCAUGCCGGUCCGAUCGCCAAACACGGAGACAUCGACUACGAAGCCGUGGUGAAACUUUCGGACAACUUUAACGGCGCCGAUCUGCGAAAUGUGUGCACCGAGGCGGGAUUGUUUGCGAUUCGGGCCGAACGCGAGUACGUCAUCCAGGAAGACUUUAUGAAAGCCGUCCGAAAGGUGGCAGACAACAAGAGACUGGAGAGCAAGCUGGACUACAAGCCGGUCUAAGCAGGAGAGUUCGUGUAUGCAUCGCACGCGCGCAAGUAUAUUCUGUUUAUUUCCCCAUACAUCUUACGCAUUAAUAAUUAAUUACAAUAAUCCUUGUCGGAUGUACCGUCAAA